AUGGACAACAAAGUUCAGGAAAUAUUUGAAAAGCUAUUACAAUUCAAUUCAAGCGACGAAUUACAAGCUCAAUAGGCCUAAUUGGAAGCCCUGUUAACAUAGAUCAAAGAUGAAAUGUAAAUGCUGAUUCAAGACACUCAUUUUGGCAAAGAUCAAUACUACCUCUAAUAAUUUGAAAGAAUAGCAGAUUCAAAGAAGAGAUUGGAUUAAGUCAAUGCCAAGAUGGUCAAGAUCUAAUAAAGAGUUGAUGUAAUUGAGAAAAGGUUCAUUAAAUUAUCCUAGUGA